GGGCAUUGUAAAGCUAUAGUUGAGAGUUAGCAGGCUAACUAAUCGUGAGUGUGGAAGUCGAGCUAAAAAGGAAAACACAACUGUCAAAUGAGCAAGGAUAAUAGGGGUCUCAGAGGACUCGGGAUUCUGUUAGGUGGCUACAUGAACCGAUUUAGAGUUAGCUGAAAACGACCGAGUUUAUCAGAUGCCUGAGGAGCAUUUUGGAUACUACGGCGAUUGUCCCGUUUCCAAACGGAAACCGUUUCUGGACACAGACUAGGUGCUAGGUAGCCUAGCUGAGUGAAGAACCCAGGAGACUCUUCAUUGUCACCUCAAACUCCAUCCUGAAUGUUUUGUCUGUCAUGAGUCCGGCCGGGUGCUCCCAUGUGAACGGUUAUAAGGUGGAUAAUUGGAAACAAAACCUCCGAGUCAUUUACCAAUGCUUUGUUUGGAGUGGAACUGCUGAGACCAGGAGACGCAAGGUGCUUCAGAGCGAUGCAGGAUGGACAUAUCUGGCCAAGUCGUGCAUCUGUCACAUGUGUGGCGCCCACUUGAACCGACUCCACUCUUGUCUCUACUGCGUCUUUUUCGGCUGUUUUACAAAGAAACACAUUCACGAACACGCAAAAAACAAAAGACACAAUCUAGCAAUAGACUUAUUAUAUGGUGGAAUAUACUGUUUUGUGUGUCAAGACUAUAUAUACGACAAAGACAUGGAACAGAUUGCCAAAGAGGAACAGAGGAAAGCCUGGAAAUUGCAAGGCAUUGGGGAGAAAUACACGACGUGGGAGCCGACCAAGAGAGAGUUAGAGUUAUUAAGACACAAUCCAAAGCGAAGGAAAAUCACUACAAACUGUACCAUAGGUUUACGAGGGCUAAUAAACCUGGGCAACACAUGUUUCAUGAACUGUAUCGUCCAGGCUCUGACACACACACCGCUGCUGCGAGACUUUUUUCUCUCCGACAGACACAAGUGCGAGAUGCAAUCAAACUCUUGCCUGGUGUGUGAAAUGUCGCAGCUUUUUCAGGAGUUCUACUCGGGCCACCGUUCGCCCCACAUUCCCUUCCGGCUGCUGCACCUGGUGUGGACUCAUGCACGUCACCUCGCGGGAUACGAGCAGCAGGAUGCCCACGAGUUCCUUAUUGCAGCAUUGGAUGUUUUACAUCGGCACUGCAAAGGAGACAUGAUAAGAGAUGACAACGGAAAGAAGGCCAACAAUCCAAAUCACUGUAACUGUAUCAUUGACCAAAUCUUCACGGGGGGCCUGCAAUCUGAUGUUACCUGUCAGGUUUGCCAUGGAGUUUCAACAACGAUAGAUCCAUUUUGGGACAUCAGUCUGGAUUUGCCAGGCUCAUCCACGCCUUUCUGGGCUCUUAGCCCCGGAGGGGACGGCAGCACAGUCAACGGCGAGAGCCACCUGUCAGGAUCCACCACACUCACAGACUGCCUACGCAGGUUCACGCGGCCUGAGCAUCUUGGAAGUAGUGCCAAAAUCAAGUGUGGUGGUUGCCAUAGUUACCAGGAGUCCACCAAACAGCUGACAAUGAAAAAGCUCCCUAUUGUAGCGUGUUUUCAUCUCAAACGGUUUGAGCACUCUGCUAAAUUGCGGAGGAAGAUUACUACAUAUGUUUCCUUCCCUUUAGAGUUGGACAUGACGCCCUUUAUGGCAUCCAGUAAAGAGAGCAGAAUGAAUGGGCAGUAUCAACAGUCAAUUGACGUAUUAAACAACGACAAUAAGUAUUCCUUGUUUUCAGUGGUCAACCACCAAGGCACAUUAGAGAGUGGCCACUACACUAGCUUCAUCCGUCAACACAAAGACCAGUGGUUCAAAUGCGACGAUGCCAUAAUCACCAAGGCCAGCAUUAAGGAUGUACUUGAUAGCGAGGGGUAUCUCCUAUUUUAUCAUAAACAGUUCCUUGAGUAUGAAUAGCUUCUGUGACCACUGAUCAUGAAGAACCAAUGCUUCAAAGGGGAGAGAGCGAAGAGACAAGGGGUUGGGUUGAAACGCAAACACACAAACCUACCUGAAACCUUCUAACUACCAGUCAGGUCCUUCACUGAGAGGGUUUAAAAAAGACAUGAUAAAUCAUGAAAAUAAAAAAAUUAAAAAAGCACUGAGCUACUACUUGGCAUCUACUUGAUAACUGAAUGAAAAGGAUCGCUGGUGGAAGAGUCGGGCAUUGCCUGUUCUGAUGCGGGCACAGGGAAGAGGCCCUAGAUCCCUCAGUCUCUGUUCCCCUUCCUGCUGCAGGGAUAGUGUGAUACUGGGCACACCUGGGAUUUUCUUACAGUAUUCUGACCCCUGCUCCCCCCUCCAUUUCUCUCCCAUGGUGCUCUCAUUUGAACUGACCAAGCAUUUAACUUGCUCAUAAUGAGGACAGUAUGUUGUCAUAUAUGCAUAUGGGACUGAAUGCGAAAAAAAAAAAAGUCAUUUACAAACCAGUGUAUUGCAACCUUUGUAAGGAUCCAUUUGAAGGUUUGGUUAUGAUGCUUAUCAUUUGUGACUUUAGCUUUUAAAUACUGUAAGAAUCCUAGUAUCCAUCUAUUUUUUAAGAGCAGAGAAAACAUGGGAGAUCUUAGAAACGCUGCCUUUGCCAGUCGCUGGAGAAGCGCUGCCAUGGAAACUAAACAGAUCUAGACUUGAGUGUUCUCAUGUUCAUUUAUUUACUGUGUUGAUUUUGUUUUCAUUAUAAAGUCUGGUUGAGGGCAGGGAAUAACUAUUUUUUUAGCAACUCGUUAAAUUUGUAGUUUUUGUUAACCUUUGUUUUCAGUGUAAUUUUUUUCUACUUUUUCAGUAUAGUCACAUGUUCCUUGCUGUUCUGGUAUCUGAAAUGUUUUUUUUGGACGUAUUAUGCUUUCAUUCUCGUGGAAUUGUGGGUAUAAUGAUGGCAUUGAUUUAUCGGCUCAACUUUGUGAUGUUUAAACAUGCUAAAUCAGAACGUUCAUGUGGCAUUCGGAAAGCGAUUUUGAUAUGCGAUAUCUUUAAAUCUGAACCUUUUGUGCAAAACAAAAAAAAAAAAACUAAUUAACACCACACUGCAUGCAACCAGGCAUUUUGUGAUCAUGUGUGAAUAAUUGCCGUGGAUUGCGGCUCAGAGAUUGCUCCUGAACAAUAAUGAACGGAAUGGUCCAAGAUAAGAUGCGCACAUAAAUGGGCACAACUUGACCACAGCCUGGCCUUUAAAUCAUCAGUGUUGAACUUCUUUGUUUCUACCGUGGCUGGUGGAGACCACUGUUUGUCACGUCGUUUCCCUCUGUAGAUCAGUAAAAGACAUGAUUCUGUCAGACUCGGGAUAAUGCACAUAAUCCAUGUCAGGGUAACUGAAAGUGUUUGUAUAAAAUGUACAAAAUUUAAAAUAUUGCCUCGUGGAAAAAAUAAAAAAUGAGGGCACUUACCUGAGUUGUAAAAAGAAAAAGAUUCCUAAUUGUUUUUCUGCUAUGUAAUUAAAAUCAAACCUGCAUAUCUUUUUUGGCAAGUGGAAUAUAAUGGAUUUAUGAAAAGUAAAGUUCAACACGUCAUGUGUAAUGGUCACAGUGGUUUUGAUGCAUUGUGGUGCAGUUUCAGGCCAUCCGAAGGCAUUCAGGGAAACAGCUGAAACAAAAAGAGGAGAGAACUUCAUUGUGUGUUUCAGUGAUUAAACUCAGAACAAAACUGGAAUGUU